AUGAAAGCAUCAUCGGCGACUCUCGCCUUGCUGGCCGCUAGCACCUUGGCUCCAUCGGUCCUGGGCCAGCAGAACCUCCCGGGCAAGUGGGAUGUCAUCGGAAACACGGGUGUCACUUGCAUCCACUUGAUUCUCCUUCCGAACGAGCGCUUCUUGUGCAUGGAGCGACCCCAUCCUUUCCCUUACCAACCAAACCAAAACACCUUUGCUGGGAGCAAGUACCCCAGUCUCACUGUCGAGCUCGAUCCCUCCAAGUACACGGGCGAUCCCAACUCCAAUCUGUACCAGGUCACUCCCAAGAUGGACUACAGUCCCUUCUGCGGCCACCACGUGCAGAUGGCCGACGGCAACGUCUUUGUCGUCGGCGGUGACAAGUCAACCAUCAUCCCAGACAACGGCAACUCGUACGAGCUCGAUGGCCACAACAUGAGACGUAUCUACCGCCCUUGCCCCGCCGGUGCCACCAACUGCACGAUCGGCACCUGGGACCUCUCGAUGGGUCCCAUGAGCACCAAGCGCUGGUAUCCCACUGCCGUUACUCUCUAUGAUGGCAAUAUCUUUUUCCUCUCCGGCAGCAACCUCAACAUUGACCUCGAUAGCCCCAGUACCUGGGACCCUGUCGGCAACGACAACCCCACCUAUGAGUACUACCCCUCCAAGCCCGGAACUUGGCCCCGCCCUCUGGACAUCCUUAUCAAGAACUACCCCUACUCGCUCUUCCCCACCGUCUUCCAGCUUCCCUCCAAGAAGGUCUUUGUCUUUGUCGCCAACGAGACAAUGCUCUUUGAUACCGCGACCGAUACACAUGACUACAACAACCCCAGCAUCCCUCCCAAGGUCCCUUCGAUGCCUGCCAACAUCACCAACGACCACCAGCCCUGGAUCUAUCCCUAUACCUCGCACUCGAUCAUGCUUCCCCUCAAGCCCCCGAACUAUGAAGCGAAUAUCCAGAUUUGUGGUGGCAGCAAGAAGAGCACACCCGAUGCCUCGAACAUGUGCAUCAGCAUCAACCCCGACUCUCCCAACCCCACCUGGACCACCAAGAACCCUCUGCUGACUCCUCGUCUGAUGAUUGACGGUGUCAUCAUGGCCGACGGCAAGAUUCUGUACACCAAUGGCGGUGCGUGGGGCCAGGCUGGUGGCAACGCCGGUCAAGCCAUGUACGCUCGUGGACCCAACUUCCAGUCCGAGAUCUACGAUCCCGAUACCGACACCCACACGCCUGUCGCUUCGUACUCCAUCGUCCGGAUGUACCACUCCGUGGCUCUGCUGGCUCCUUCGGGUUACAUCUACACCGCCGGAUCUGAGAUGCAGAACAUCUUCGACAUUUGGGGCAACACCGAUGUCGCCAACCUCUCAUCCAUCUGCAGCCCCGACAACCCAAUGUACAACACCAGCGCUGGCAUCACCGACAAGAGCGGCGUGCUGAUGGACAUGACCCAGUGCACAUCGCCCUUUGGAACCAAAAUGGAGCGAUUCACUCCCCCUUACCUGUUGACCGGCAACCCUCGACCGGUCAUCACCAGCGCUCCCUCCAAUGCCACCUACGGUUCCUCGAUUGCCUUCAAGCUCAAUCCCUCGGCCGUCGAUGGCACCAAGAUUGACAAGGUUCACUUUGUUCGGUAUGCCUCGACCACCCACCAGACCAACAGCGACCAGCGCCUUGUCGUGUUGAACAUCCUUGGCCAGACUUCAGACACCAUCUAUGUCCGUCUCCCUCCCAACGGUUCUGUGGCCCCUCCUGGCAACUGGAUGCUGUUUGCUCUCUCUGGCGGCGUCCCCUCAGUUGCAGCCACGGUUCUGUUUGGUCCUGGUGCCCAGACCGACGUCUCCAUUCCCCCAGGUGCCUCCAAGUCUGGUGCCAGCUCAAUCUUCGGUGCAAAUUUUUUUGCCGUUGCUGUUGUCCUUCUUGGCACACUAAUGGCUUCGCUGAUCUAG